AUAGCCUUUCUCAACAAAUUUGGCAAUGGCCAAACCCCACAAAUCGACCUCGCGGGCCACUGCGUCCCGGCUCUGAAGACUUGCACCGUUGUCAGUGACGGCAUAAGAAGCUGCCAAAGCCGAGGAAUCAAGGUGAUGCUCUCCAUUGGAGGAGGCAUCGGAACCUAUUCUUUAUCAUCUACUGUAGAUGCAAAGAAUGUAGCGGAUUACUUGUGGAACAACUUCUUGGGUGGUAAGUCUUUCUCACGUCCCUUAGGUGAUGCCGUUUUGGAUGGCGUAGAUUUCGACAUAGAGCUUGGCUCCACACGGUAUUGGGACGAUCUCGCUCGUUACUUGAAGGGGUAUAGCAAACUAGAAAGACCAGUUUACUUGACUGCAGCACCUCAGUGUCCAUUUCCAGAUAGGUUUCUUGGGAAUGCUCUUGAAACCGGGCUUUUCGACUAUGUUUGGGUUCAGUUCUAUAACAACCCUCAAUGCCAG